ACGGAGCGCAGCGCGGCGCGGCCGUGUACCUGCUACUUUCCUUCCACUAUGCGCGUCUCGUCUCGGUGGAGCAAACGCACCAAUCUUAAACGCCCGAUAUCUGCGGUGCGGAACUGUUCUUCUCUCUCUGCACUUGGCUACAGUUUUACAGUUCAAAAAGGCGGUCGACUCUCGUAUAUCUAGGUGGAUGAACGUAUGAUUCUGCCGCACAGUUUGUACUCAGCACAGUAACGUUUAAUGCAAUAUCUAUAGUUUCUUCAUGGCGUCUCAACAGCAGUCAAGAAUUCAGUCUUACCUGGAGAAAAAUAAAAUUGGACCGUUGUUUGAGGAGAUGAUGGCCAGUCUGAUCAGCCAGACCCCAGACCACCCUGUCCCCUUUCUCAUCAGUCACCUGCAGACCAAGCCAGGCAGCCCCGGCAAGCUGCACAGAACACUGCCGGGCUCCGCCGCUCUGUGGGCCCAGAGCGAUGCAGAGAGUAAAGGAGGUCCUGACUUCAGGAGUUACCAGAAGCCCUGGCAGAUCCACCCGAACAAACCCAUGAAAUCCAAUAGUGACCUGGCAGUGUCUAACAUCUCCCUUCCUUCAGCAGAAUCUAAGUCCUUACCGCGAUCUAUUGAGCAGCCGUGGUGGGAAUGGAGGGAGAGAGGAGACUUCGAUGAACUCAACCUCAUCCUGCAGGAGAGCAAGACGCUGGGCAAGGCUCUGGAGAACCUGUCCCGUAGUAUCGCUGUUUCUGAUGAACUUGAUCAGAACCUGGGGGGGUAUAACGCAGUGCUGCAGCCCAGGGUGGUGGGGGAGUGGGUGGGCAGGGAGGAGGAAGACCCGGACCCACUGGCAUCAGAGAUGCUCCAACCCCCAGUCCCCAGGACCAAGACUGAGGCUUGGGGGAGCGCUGAUAGCAGCCCUGCCGGAAGUGUAAAACGAGACACUAAUAGUAAAGGGUUGAAGCAGCAGCAGCAGCACCACAAGAGGCUCCUGGCGGCCAUGUUGUCCCAAGAAUCCUUUGACUCCGCCCAUAGCUCCGCCCCCUCACUCACUGAGGAGGAGAUGGAAGAUGAGGACGACGUCAUGGAGCUGCUGGGUCUGUCUUCUUCCUUCCUGUUCAAUAAUACUAACAACUACAAAAACACAUCAGACCCAAUACAGAUUCACUGA